UAUUUAUCAUAACGUUUUUCUUAAAUUAAAUAUUGUAUUAUCGUAUAAUUAUUAUAAUUAUUAAAUAAUAGUUCAUGUUCAGAAAUUUUACGUGAUCUCCAUUUUUGUAAUUGUAUAAAAUUUAUGAUUCAUAGAUUUUAGAAUGGUUCUACCUAUACCCUUAAUUUUAUUAGCAAUAGAAAUAAUUUUAGUUUUUGCAGUGCAGUGAUGAAGAUACAAAGAUGAGAGCAUAUAAGAUUAAAAAUUUUCUGAAAGAAUUGCCAACUUAUGGAGUUUUAUAUAAAAGAGAGUUAACGAAAUAAUAAAUGAUAUGUGUCCAAGAUGCAAUAGUGAGGUCGAAGAUUGGUAUCAUAUCUGGAAGUGCGAAAGAAAUGAAGUUAAUAUAGAUGAAAUAUUAUAUGAAGCAAUUGCUGAAUACGAAGAAAUAUUAAUAUUGGAAGAAAGAAAGGAGGAUCUAGAUAUAUUAAGAGACAUCAAUAUCAAUUUUUAUGAAAUAAUGAUGCAGAAAUCAGACAUUUUAAUAGGAUAUAAUAGAAUAUGGGAACUUUUGCGCGGAGUAUAUAAUAGGAAAUUUAACGAGAUAUCGAAGAAAAAAAGAAUACAAGAAGUUGAUAGAGCAAUUACUAUGGAGUUUUUGUUAUAAUAAAUAUCAGACGAGAAUUUGGGUUAAAAGGUGUGAUGAUGUGGCGGAUAUAGAGAAAAAUAGAGGUAUAGAUAGUAAAG